AUACUCCUCCGCAGGACUAAAAAAAUCGGCAAAAUAAAGGUGCUCACCUUCUCGACUCUUCUGUGCUCAAAACAAAGAUGUAUCUUCCGCAGUUUUGCUUCAAUUGAUCAAUGGUGGGAACGACUUAGCUACCCACAAUCUAAUCUUCGUAAUCCAUUACAUUCGGGUAAUCUUGUCCCCUUUAAUUUCAAUCUUUUUCUUGGCUGGUUGUUCGUCAAUUUUACGCAAUGGGCAGAAUAGUCGUAUGAUUUAUGGGCAAUUUUGAACCUUUAAUGUCAUUUUCUUGCUCCAAUUUUCUCUAAUUUAGACCUGAUUUGUUUCUAUGUAUCUUCAAAAUUAGCAAUAAAAAAAAGAACGAAAAAUUCCCAAUUCAAUUUGCAACCUAGGUUAACAUGUCAUCCAUUCCUGUAGAUGUGAUUACUGAUAUUCUGCUUAGAUUGCCGGCAAAAUCUUUGCUACGCUUCAAGAGUGUGUGCAAAUUAUGGUAUCAUAUAAUUGAGGGCUCUGAUUUCAUCAAGCUCCAUUUUCAACAAUCCAAUAAUCUGCAUUUAGUUUACAAGAGCCCUGUCCUUUAUAUGAGUGAUUUUGACUCGUUUGAUAAUACCAUUGAACUUGAUUACCCUUCCAAGAAUAUGGGUAGUGAUGUUUAUGUGGCAGGAUCGUGCCGCGGCUUGCUUUGCUUCUUCAAGUACUCUUAUCCCUUCACAGUUUUCUUGUACAACCCCACUACGAAAAAACACAAAACACUCCCACUUUUGCCACUAAAAACCAUCUUUCGUCGCAAGAGAAGUCGGUACCUCGGAUUUGGUUAUGAUCAUGUGUCCGAGGACUACAAGUGUGCGAGGAUGUUUCAGCUUAAAUCUGAUGAUGAAAUGGGUACUUUCAAAAGCCAAGUAAUGGUUUAUAGCUUGAGAGCGAAUUCAUGGAGACAGGGGGUUCAGGAGGUUCCACAUCACUUUGAUCGCCAUUUUGGUUAUUGUGUCCACUUUAAUGGAAUUCUGCAUUGGUCCGUUAGAGAUGAAGCAAAUGAUAACAGAGUUCCCCUCCCUAUAGUUAGCUUCGAUCUCUAUAAUGAAAGUUUUAGCACCAUACCAAUGCCUAGUUUCCGUACAGAGAUGUAUUUGCAUGCUCACAUAGGAGCUCUUGAUGAUAGCUUGUGUCUUAUGAUAAACUAUCUCGAGGAAUGUGAUGUAUGGAUUAUGAAAGAGUAUAGUAGGCCUGCAUCUUGGACUAAGCUGUUUAGGUUUCAGAAACAACAGAUGUAUCAGGAGUUUAGGCCUCUUUCUUUCUCCACGAGCAAGAAGCAAUUGUUUGUGCUCCUUAACUUAUAUGAUGUUGCUUCUUUGGACUUGGAAACUUUGGAGAUUACGAAAGUUCAACUCUCUCGUUUCCACAAAGUUUUAUAUGCAUAUGUAUGUCCGGAGAACCUUCUUAUGUUCAAGGAUGCCGAAGAUGUUCUUGUGGGCACGAAACGACGGAAUAAGAACAGCAAAAGGGGAAGGUUAAUGAGGAGAACUGAUAGGCUCUUACAACACCAUGAUUCCUUCCUAUAAUUAAUCAUGAGCCACGGCGCUGAUCAAAUGUAGGAUCUUGAUCCUCAUUAUAGUUCUACAUUCCAACAUUAGAGAAAUCAAAAGAUGAAUCUGGACGAUGGAAAAUCUCUCUAGCAAUUGCAAUGUGGAUAAGUUACUGCUGUCAACUUUUUUUAUGGGGCAUCUGAGUCUUGUUGGAAUUGUGCAUUUUGUAAUUCUGUCUCUACCAUAAAGAGUAGUCCUGGAUAUAUAGAUGUGGGCAGUAGUCAUGUAGCUCUUGCUCUUGGGUCUGGCGACAAUGGGCAAUGUACCAAUUGGUACCCAAGUCUGAACAUCGUACUUUUGUUACUGUUUUUCUUUCAGCAGCUCGUUAGAUAACUGUUUUUGAGAUAUUUUGCGGUGUUUAAUUUGACUUCAACAGAUCUUAUAUUAUAGGCCCUGUUUGGCAAUUGGCUGUUGGCUGUUGGCUGUCGGCUGUUUUAGUUGGCUGGUUUGACUGGCUGUUUGAGUUGGCUGCUUUUGUUGGCUGUUUGACUAUUGAUUGUUUAAAAAUAUGUUUGGUAAAAUCAGUUGUUGGCUGUUGGCUGUUGGCUAUAACUAUGUAAAAUGACAUUUAAGGACAUUUUAUGACUUUUAUUCA